GCAGGAUUGGUGUGACAGGGGUUGGAGGGGCGGGUUUUGUGCUAUUCUUGAAAUCCUCUACGUAGCGCAUCUGUAUCGGCAAACACCGCGCUGUGGUGCGUGGGCUCCCGCAAUAUGUCAGCUAAAUCUGGUGAUUUUUCCUCACACGCGGGGCUGUAUCAAUUUGGUUUUCGCUGAACCUAUCAAAGGUAAGAUAAUACUCAAUAUGCAGCUGUAGUUUGAAUGCAUGCUGCUCGCCGGCUGGCGUCUGCAGACAAAAGAGCGGACAUGGGUGGGAUUUAAAUGGGAGGGGAUCAGCUGUGGGAAGAAUGGGUUUCAUUGUCGAUUAAUAAGCUUCAUGUGAAAUCAUGCAUUCAUUUCGAAGAUCAUCACACGCCAUCUUCAAAAAGUCUGUUAUCCUAUCGUUUUGGCUGUUGAGGAAAGUGAUGUUUUUGAUGGGCUACUGAGACUGAGCUCGGAGGGUAUCCACUGAGAGUGCGCUGUCAUGUACAGGAGGAGAAACAACCCCCCUUUUGAAUAGACCUCUCACGCUUUGUUUAACACCAGUCCAAAGCGAUUUGGUUUGUGUCAGCCUAAAUGCAAAAUGCCAUUAGAUUAAUGAUGAUUUGACAUUAGACAUAUCUCAUCAACUAUCAUCACAGCAAAGGCGACUCUGGAUAAUCUAGGCCAGGAUCACUGUACGAGGGGAUUAUUCUUAGUGUAUAGAGCAUGCCUUUCAGGCGUUGUUUUUUCUCUUAAUUUAUGUUUUUACUUUUAUCACUUUGUUCUCAGUUUCUCCUCAAACACAAUGGAUGAAUACACAUCAGCAGCCUUUUAAAGGGUAGCUUUUAAGAGUCAAAGAGUUUACCAGACCAGGUGAGAGCAUGGCACAGGUAGAGGAGUCUCAGACUGAAGGAGAGGGAAGCCCCCAGAUGAUCUCCUUAAGGUCAGACAUAUCAGGGAACCAUGUGGACGACAGAGAUUUGGGGCCUUCCAUAAGGAGGAAGAGGAGGAAGAAGAAGGACCCACGUCCAGAGUCCAUAAUUGUUUACCGCUCUGAGAUGGAGAGGGCCUCUGGAGAGGAGCAAGGCGGUGAGGAGGGAGGAGAGAGGAGCACGGAGGAGGGAGCUCAGUUCCUCUGCACACCUACAGGCGAGGGUAAGAAGAUGUGUAUACUUAAAAAAAAGAAAAGAAAAAAAUCCUAUGUAAACAGCUAAAAACAAAAUAUACAGUGAAAUUUACAUCAAAUAAUCUGUCUGAAAACUGCAUAAACUAUACAAAGAUAGAAUUGUAGAAUAUGAUACCAUGAAAAUGAUGAGAAAUCACCAUAAAAUCAUGGAAAGAAAAAAGGUUUUAGAAUUAGAAUUUUGCAAAAUGAUGGACCUUGUUGGUGAUUAUUUUUGUGUCAUUACAGGUGGAGGAUGGAGCCUCCCUCCAGACAGCCGCUAUGUCACCCUGACAGGCACCAUCACCCGAGGGAAGAAGAAGGGCCAACUGGUAGACAUUCACCUCACUUUGACAGAGAAAGAAAUUAGGGACCUGGCCAAGUCAAAGGAACGUCUUGAUGCAGAAUGUGAGGCAGGCGAGGGCUCCAAACGCACCUGCGGUUUAGGUGUGUGCCAAGGCCCGCAUGUUGUCUUGUGGAGCAUCUCCUGCGCUCCAGUGGUUUUUCUUCUCUCCUUCAUCACUUCCUUCUACUACGGCACUCUCACCUGGUACAACGUCUUCUUAGUGUACAAUGAAGAGCGGACAUUUUGGCACAAGAUUACAAUAUGCCCCUUCCUUAUCAUCUUCUACCCCAUGCUCAUCAUGCCAAUGGCACUGUCUCUGGCCCUGUACUCAGCGGUGGUGCAGGUGUCCUGGGCUGCCAGUGAGUGGUGGCAGGCUGUGAGAGACCUGGAAAAGGGCUUCUGUGGCUGGGCCUGUGGGAAACUAGGACUGGAGGAUUGCUCCCCUUAUAGCAUUGUGGAGCUGCUUGACUCUGAUACUGUUUCAGGAACUCUGCAGAGCAAAGCCCCCAGUGAACUUGCCCAGACAUCAUCAGUGUAAAGAGAGGAAAAAGCACGUGUUUACGUAGGCUCUAAUUUACAGUGGUAUACCGAGCAUGUGCCAGAAAGCUUCAGUUGUUCACAGGGAAGUAUUUUAAAACUAUCUCACUUUUCUGUAACUUAUCAAACACUGCCUGAAUUGUCCUAAAAUGCUGGACUUUACUUCAAAUUUUAUAAGGUAUUAUUUGAUCCUUAUAUAUUUAAACUAUUUCUUUGAGCAUGGGAGUCAAAUAUUGUAAUUUUUUACAUUUUUACGUGUCAAAGUUAUUGAAGUCAUCCUUCUAUCACCGAAUCUCACUCACAUAUUUUUAUAUAUGAAGGCCAUGGUGCUCCUUGAAGUGGAUUCUAGACUCUAGCGAGGCAAGUUGCGGACACUGAUACAUAAAUUGUCUGAAGUCAAGAUUCAUACUCUCUGUAAAUAUGUGUUAUUUAUUGUAUGUGAUGCACUGACAUCAAAAGCAGCCUCCACUUCAGAGGCAGUGCUGUCUUGUUUGUUAAGUCAUCAUAAUAGCUCAUGAAAGUUGUGUGUCAAGUAAGGCUGGAUUUUCAACUAGAAAAAGGAUGCAGCUGCCUCAAGGGCCACAGAUGCAGGCUACCUGUAUGUUGAAAUUUAAGAUAGGGAAUUUCUUAUACUCGGCCUCUGUUUGCAUCUAUUGUAAAAAAAAAAGUAUAGAUGGCAACAAAUGUAUCCCAUAAAAAGGUCAAAAGUAGCAAUGUUUUGUCUCUCUUAUGAAGUUGAGACUUAUUUAUUCUACCUAAACCCCUUAAUAAUGCUAACUGUUUCUCAAGAAGAUGUAAGCCUUUCAAAAACGUGAGUUUUUCAUGAGGGGGAAAAUGGCCCUGAAACAGCUUAGCGCUGAUGAUCUGAGCAAAUGUUUUCAAAACAAGUGUAACUCGUAUGUUACUGUCUACUGUAGAUUGGCUUAAAAUGUCACUGAUUAAUGGGUUAUGCACGAUUUUUAUAGAAAAUAGAGACAUUUAGCUCUGAAAAACCUGCAUCGUCAGAGUUAGAUUCAAAUUAAAUAUUUGGUUUAGGGAUUAAUCCAGUGUUGAUGUUGGAUUUAAACUUGAUGUUUAAUGUACAUUAUCUAAAGAGAAGAAGGAAAAGCAAUAGUGAUCAAUACUGGUCUAUUGCUCAUCACUGCUCUUGGGCCCACUGGCAGAAUAAUCAAGCCAUGAUUUGAAGCCAUAGCCAUGAAUAUGUGUUUAUGUUUACAUCUGUUUGUGGCACCAUUUACACAGAUGUUGGUAUUUUACUUCCUUACAAUCUACACGUCUUUGUCACUAUGUGGGCUCAGUGAUUUUCAAGCUCAUAGCUUCUGUUACAUAGCUGAACAGUCAUAUUUUCAAUGUUUAUUUAAUAUGUUUUAAUACUUUUUAACAACAGUACACUUCCGGGAAUUGUUGUAGCUAGGUGUUUUGUACUCUGGCACUCAGAAACAACUGACCUUUGUUCAGGUAGAUAUGAUGGUUAGAUAAUGUGUCCAAAUGAUCAGACCUGCUGUGUUAAGUAAAUCAGUUUUAUUUUCUAACAGGUAAAGACAUGGAUCAGUGGUUGUAGAUUGAGGCUGUAUCAAACAUUGUAUGUUAUAAAACUUCAGGUUGCAAACUAAUUCCACAAAUGAAAUAAAUUGUGUUAUUACACUGCAA